AUGUUGGGUAGUUGGUAUUUACUUGUGGAGAACAGAUUUACACAUGACAUUGUAUUUCAGCAGCUGGACCUGUCUUACCCGACACUAGUAUUUCAGCAGCUGGACCUAUCUUACCUGACACUUGUAUUUCAGCAGCUGGACCUGUCUUACCUGACACUUGUAUUUCAGCAGCUGGACCUAUCUUACCUGACAUUUGUAUUUCAGCAGCUGGACCUAUCUUACCUGACACUUGUACAGCAACUGGACCUAUCUUACCUGACACUUGUAUUUCAGCAGCUAGCCUUAUCUUACCUGACACUUGCAUUUCAGCAACUGGACCUAUCUUACCUGACACUUGUAUUUCAGCAACCGGACCUAUCUUACCUGAUACUUGUAUUUCAGCAACUGGACCUAUCUUACCUGACACUUGUAUUUCAGCAGCUGGACCUAUCUUACCUGACACUUGUAUUUCAGCAGCUGGACCUAAGUUACCUGACACUUGUAUUUCAGCAGCUGGACCUAUCUUACCUGACACUUGUAUUUCAGCAGCUGGACCUAUCUUACCUGACACUUCUAUUUCAGCAGCUGGACCUGUCUUACCUGACACUUGAAGCAACCGGACCUAUCUUACAUGACACUUGUAUUUCAGCAACUGGACCUAUCUACCUGACACUUGUAUUUCAGCAGCUGGACCUAAGUUACCUGACACUUGUAUUUCAGCAGCUGGUCCUAUCUUACCUGACACUUGUAUUUCAGCAGCUGGACCUAUCUUACCUGACACUUGUAUUUCAGCAGCUGGACCUGUCUUACCUGACACUUGAAGCAACUGGACCUAUCUUACAUGACACUUGUAUUUCAGCAACUGGACCUAUCUACCUGACACUUGUAUUUCAGCAGCUGGACCUGUCUUACCUGACACUUGAAGCAACUGGACCUAUCUUACAUGACACUUGUAUUUCAGCAACUGGACCUAUCUACCUGACACUUGUAUUUCAGCAGCUGGACCUAAGUUACCUGACACUUGUAUUUCAGCAGCUGGCCCUAUCUUACCUGACACUUGUAUUUCAGCAACUGUACCUAUCUUACCUGACACUUGCAUUUCAGCAACUGGACCUAUCUUAG